AGAUGUUUGUUGGAAAGAGCAAGCGUGGAAGGCGCAAGGGCCGGUGAGGUUAGAGGAUUAAGAGGGGAGGCCCACACAAAGGGUACGGACCAGAAUUACCCAGAAACAGGGAAGAAUUUGACGGACCGCCCGUUGGAUUUCGAGGUCAGAUCUGGAUUAAACCUUUCAAUGGAGGUUUGUUAAGACCUCGUAAAAGAAAUUUGGCUUGGGCUUUUGGGCCCCAGGGGGAAGGAUCGAAUCGAAUUUAGCCUUUUCCUUUUGCUGUGUUUUUCUUUCUUUCUGUUGCGAAUCUCUGCUCAGUUUCGCUUUUACACAAGGAAUAAGUGUUUGGGCAGGCGAGAAGAGGCUUUUUAAGGGCGCCAAUGUCUUGAGGUGCAUGUUUUUCUUGUUUAGGUUCAGCCCAAUUGCUCGGCCCUGAUUGCAGAAAAUGAUGAUGGCCCAGGAGGAUGUGAUAAAAUAUGUGCACAGUCCGGUGCACAGCGCCGUUGUGCGUCGGGACUAUGAUGCCCUGAGGCGGAUCAUUGCGGGGCUGCCGCGGCUCGUCAAGGCCGGAGAAGUGAAGACGGAGGCGCAGUCGAUUGCUGAAGAGCAAAGGGCAGACGCAAUAUCUGCUGUAAUCGACAGGAGGGAUGUACCAGGGCGUGAGACGGCGCUGCAUUUGGCGGUGCGCCUGGGGGACGCGACGGCCGCAGAGAUGCUCAUGGCCGCCGGUGCGGACUGGAGCUUGCAGAAUGAGCAGGGGUGGAGUGCCCUGCAGGAGGCCGUGUGUGCCCGUGAGGAAGCUAUUGCGAUGAUCAUCAUGCGGCAUUAUCAGCCUCUGGCCUGGGCUAAAUGGUGUCGCAGGCUCCCCCGCCUGGUUGCCACCAUGAGGCGCAUGCGGGACUUCUAUAUGGAGAUUACUUUCCACUUCGAGAGCUCUGUUAUCCCCUUCAUCGGUCGCAUUGCGCCCUCUGAUACUUAUAAGAUAUGGAAGAGGGGUUCUAAUUUGAGGGCCGAUAUGACCCUGGCAGGGUUUGACGGGUUUCGCAUACAGCGAUCGGAUCAAAGCUUUUUGUUCCUCGGGGACGGCAGCGAGGAUGGGAGGAUUCCGCCUGGUUCGCUCUGUAUGCUGUCGCAUAAGGACAAGGAAAUUAUGAAUGCCUUGGAUGGGGCAGGGUCUCAGCCCUCCGAGGUGGAGAUUGCACAGGAGGUCGCGGCCAUGUCGCAAACUAAUAUGUACAGACCCGGGAUCGAUGUCACCCAGGCUGAGCUCAUUCCGCAGGUGAAUUGGAGAAGGCAGGAGAGAACCGAGAUGGUUGGGCCCUGGAAGGCUAAGAUCUAUGAUAUGCACCAUGUUAUGGUCUCUGUUAAGUCGAGGCGGGUUCCUGGAGCUAUGACCGAUGACGAGCUCAUUGCUGCCUCUUCCGAAGACAUCGAAACUGAGAGAGAAGAGCUGGAGGAUUACGAUGGGCUGCUUACAGAGGAGGAGAAGAGGCAAUUGGAGACUGCAUUGAAGAUGGAUCAUGUGGAAAUUGGGGAGGAUAUUGACACGGGACACCGGCGCAGUUGUUAUGGGAGGGAGGAAUUCUUUUUGGAGGAGGAAAGAAGCAGUGACAGCUUUAAUGCUUCCAAGCAAAACGGGAACACUGAGGUCAAGGGGAUUAAGGAGGAGAAGAAGGGCUGGUUUACUUGGGGAAAGCGAAAUGGGAAACAGGAGAAUGGGAAGAAGACAAUGGUGCCUCCUAGGAAUUCUUUGAGCGUGGAUGGGAAGGUUAGUGAUCUGUUGGGUGAUUCAAAUUCAAGAAAUAUGAAGAAGAAUGGCAGGAUUUCGCCUGAAAGGGGCCGAAGAUCUGUUGAUGUAAGGCCUACUGAUUACAAGCUAGAGGAUUACAGGAAAGGGAAGGAGAAAGAUAGUAGAAAGUCAGUUAGUAUAGACGCUACAGCUCGCAGGCGGCGCAUGGCAACCAUUAAUGAUAUCGGACAUGAAAAUGAGUACAAAAAGGGAUUGAGGCCUAUUCUGUGGCUCACACCUCAGUUUCCUCUUCGCACGGACGAAUUGUUACCACUGCUGGACAUUUUGGCAAACAAAGUUAAGGCCAUCCGCCGCCUCAGAGAAUUGCUUACUACAAAGCUUCCAAGUGGUACAUUUCCUGUUAAGAUUGCUAUUCCUGUAGUUCCUACCAUCAGAGUGAUUGUUACUUUUACUAAGUUUGAAGAACUGCAGCCUGAAGAGUUUUGCACUCCACCUACAAGCCCUGAGAAUAUGCAAGACAUGAAGAUGAAAGAUGGUGAUGCUGCACAACAACCUGCAAACUCAUGGUUUCAGUGGAUUAAAGGCCCAUAUAAUCGUGGUUCUGGUGUGUCCCUGAGCCCUGAAAGUUGUCCAGAAGAGGUUCAGGAUCCCUUUGUUAUUCCUAGGGACUACACAUGGACAACAAUAGAUGCAAAGAAAAAACGGCGAAAAGAAAAGAAACCAAAGAGCAAAAAAGGAAGGAGAGCAACUUUGAAUGAUACGGCAGAGAAUGAAGGUAUAAGUGGAUGAGGAGAGCCCUCGCAUUUCAAUUUGGAAUGCAAGCCCUCAAGUCUGAUUUAUUGAAAAGUUCGUUCAGCAGUGCAUCUUUCCAAGCAUAUAUUGCAGCUUAACACUGAAUACCGGGAUAUUGGGUCUUGCAAAAUAGUUCUGUAAAUUGAUGGGCCUCAUUUUAUUUUUUGACAAGCUAGUUAAUUUGUAUUUGGCCUCAACAAAUUUAGAUUUCUGGUUGAUUCUUACAUGACCAAAGGAGGGUUGUUAUCCCCAAGGCAUGAUGUAUAGAUAUGUGCAGUUCCAAUUUGGAUUCUGUUUCUCAAUUGAAUUUGGUAUUUGCAUAAAAUGGAUUUGUUUCAUUGUUCUGCUUGUGUCACUUACAAUGUAUUGCUAUGAAGGUCCUUUGAGUGUUCUUCAAGGAGGCUUCAAUAGCUUUGAUUCUGUAGCCUUUGCAUGUCUCUGCCUUUGAAUAUAAUGGGCGAGGCAUCGACAAGACCAUUAUCUUUUGUUUCAGUCUGAAGGAAAAUGCUCUUUUUUAUUCGGCA